CUUAACCUAUCCGUGCCUCUUUCUUUUCCCUCUCUUAUUCUUUCCUCUUUUUUUUUUUCCUUUUUUUUUUUAUUGAUUUGUUUUAAAAUUUACCUAUUACUAAUCAAUCAUCAAUCAUUAACACCAUCAUCACGAUCAAUAUCAAUCAUCAUCAGCAUUUUUUUUUUAUUUACCUGUAGUAUAAAAGGAUCAAAUCAUCGUAAAGAUAAUAACAUAUGAAAUACGGUUUGGAAUUGCAGCAAAAUAUAUUUACACCUUGGCGUUUGUCCUAUGUAUCAUAUGAUGUUUUAAAAAAGGAGUUGAAAUCCCGUCAAUUAGAUCAUGGAUGGACAGACCAGGAUGAAAAGGCUUUUGAUACGUUAUUGGAAAAUGAAUUGACCAAGGUAUAUGAUUUCAUCAAUGCAAAGUUAACGGAGAUUGAUGCACGCAUCCUGUAUUGUGAACGUACUAUACAAACUCUGCAGAAGAAUCCAAACAUGGCAUCUGAUACAAAUUAUACCAUCAUGGAUGAAGCUUUGACUGAAAUUCUUUUUGAUGUGAAUGAUCUUUCUCGAUUCACCAGAGUUAACUUUACCGCCAUCCAAAAAAUAUUGAAAAAGCAUGAUAAAUGGACUCACUUGAACCUGAAGCAGACUUAUGUUUCCAAACUCCGUGAUAAACCUUUGGAUAAACAACGUUUUGAUGUUGCCAUCAUCUAUAUAUCAGCUCUUCAUGAUAUAUGCCGUAAUCAUGGUCAUCAAUCUCCUGGAGAUAAUACCGCUGGUGCCGAUCAGAAUGCCUUUGAGCGAGCUACUGCCAAAUAUUGGAUUCAUCCUGAUAAUAUCACUGAGGUCAAGGCUAUUAUUAUGCUUCACUUACCUGUACUUAUCUUUAACAAAGAAAAGAAAUAUGAACCUGCCGAUUCAGCUAUAUCAAGUAUUUAUUUUGAUAAUAAUAAUUUUGAUUUAUAUACUGCUCGAUUACAACGAGAUGAAGGUGCAGAAGCUAUUCGAUAUAGAUGGUAUGGAAACACCGACAACAAAGAUAUCUUCAUAGAACGAAAAACACAUCAUGCUUCUUGGUUGGAUGGUGCCUCUGUUAAAGAUCGGUUUCGUUUGGAAGAAUCUCAGGUCAAUGCUUUUACAGUAGGAAGACGUACAGCUGACGAUAUAGUGAAUAAUUUACGGAAACAAGAUAUGGAUCCUUCUGUGAUAGACAAUAUACAUUUUAUUGCCAGUGGUGUUCAAAAGUCUCUUCGUGACAAACGUUUGGGACCAGUGAUACGCGUCUUUUACAAUCGAACUGCUUUUCAACUACCAGAUAACCAACGACUUCGUAUAUCUUUGGAUACUGACUUGACUUUUAUUCGUGAAGAUCAUUUGGAUGGACAACAACGACGAGUUCCGGAUUACAAUUGGCGACGAAACGAUAUUGGCAUUGACUUUCCUUUCCAACAAGUAAAAGAAACAGAUAUCUUACGGUUCCCUUAUGCUGUUUUGGAAACCAAACUACAAACUCAUCUUGGUCAACAGCCUCCUCAAUGGUUGACUUCUCUUGUUGAAUCUCAUUUGGUACAUGAAGUUCCCCGUUUCUCAAAAUAUCUCCAUGGUGCUUGUCAUUUUUAUCGUAACCGACUUCCUUUGUUACCUUGGUGGUUAGCAGAAUUGAAUGUGGAUAUUCGAAAGCCUCGUGCAGAAAACACUGGUCUUACAAGAUCCCGUAGUUUCAAGCCUCUCAUCGAUGGUCGAUAUCGUCGAGCAAUGAUUGAAGAAAAGGAAAGGGCUAAUCAAGAGGCCGUGGUCAAUGACGACAAGUCUGAUUAUUCAAAUACGGCUAAAGGAACAAGUAACAAUAGCAAUAUUAACAGUGACAGCAGUAGACCGUCUAGUAAAAACACACUAGGUACUCAACAAUCAUCUAGUGAAUCGACAGCACGUACAAGCAAUUCCAAACCUCUACCAUAUAGAUUCUCAUCAGAUGACCCUGGUGUCGAUUUUUCACCACCCAAAAAGGAUUACACUAUCGUCAACGUAUCUCCAUCCGUUUCGCCUUCUUCUCAGCAAGACUACUCACAUCGACAAUCGAUAUCACUUUUACAAAAUGGUAAUUAUCCUGAACGACCUUCCUUUUUGGAUACGGGCAAAGUAUCAGCAGCGACAAAACAAUUCACUGACAAGGUUUUACAGCGUAUCAGAAACAGUGAUUCCAUUCAUUUUGGCCGUCCAUCUACCAAUCAAGAGAAACCUCCUAGACGUUCUCAGCAAAAAUAUGAUCACGAUGGUGGACGAAUAUCAAUUCCCAAGUCUCAUUCUUUAAUUGGCAUUCCUGUGGAUGAAGAUAUAUCUGGUCAAGGGAGACGUCAAAAGGUCAAAGUUAGGGCGGAACCAAAGACUUUCUUUGCCAAUGAACGUACAUUUAUCUCGUGGUUACAAUUUUGUGCUCUCCUAUUGACUGUGGCUCUUAAUCUUUUGAAUUUCGGUGAUAAUACUUCUCGUACCAUUGGUGGAGUCUUUUUAGGUCUUUCUGCGCUCGUUGCGAUAUAUGCUUUGUAUCGAUUCGAAAAACGUGCUUGGAUGAUCAAUAAUAGAGUGGAUGGACGCUAUGAUGAUCUUGUGGGACCUGCUAUUUUAUGCUUCCUUUUGGUGAUUGCAUUGAUUGUAAGUCCAUGUGAAUGUAGGACCCCAAUAUAGGGUCCACUUGUCAACACGAAACAUUUUUUUUUUAACCACUGUUUUUUUUUAGGUCAAUUUUUACCUACGAUUCAAGUAAUCUAGUUAUUGAUGUAUGUGCGCUUUGGUCCCUUCUGUCUUCUCCUCCAAUAUCUCUCCUUCUCCUAUUUUUUUUUUUUUUUUU